AUGGCAAGUGUGGCCGCUCGGUGCGGUGCGGCAUCGGCUGGUACUGCGUUUCUAGAGCAGAUUUGGAUACCCACAACGCAGUGGGAUGGAGGACAGUUCAAGAAGGAGCAUUCCGUGGUCAGUCUCACCGAUGACCUCCUCCUGGAGAUCCUCUCGCGUGUGCCUUACAAGUCCCUGUGCCGCCCCAAGUGCGUGUCUAAGUCCUGGCUUGCCCUCUGCUCCGAUCCCAUCGUGCGCAAGAAAGCACCCCAGACCCUAUCGGGCUUCUUCUUCCAAAGUUACACAGAGCCUACAUUCAACCCCUCUGACCUCCAUCACCACUUCACCAACUUGUCAGGGAGAGGCCAGCCUAUGGUUGACCCCUCCCUUAACUUCUUAUUCUCAGCCAACUAUGUCGAGGUCCGGUUUGUCCACUGCUGCAAUGGCCUUCUUCUGUGCUGCUGCAAGGAGUCGUCGGAUGGUGAAUGUUACCGUGUUGUCUUCAAUCCUGCUACUGAGAAGUGGACUGUAUUGCCAAAGACAGAAGCAAGGCUAGGAAGAUAUGCCAUGCAUUUGGGUUUCGACCCAACCGUGUCCUCACACUUUACAGUGUUUUUGCUCUCAAAGUUCACACGUGGUAUGCAGAAUAAUGUUGACGAGGAGGAGAUUGAUCAUUGGCACCAUCAAGUCAGAGCGGUGGAGAUCUACUCAUCACAAACUGGGAGGUGGACGUACCACCAAAGUCAAUGGGGUGAAAAAUCUAUAGAAAUAUUUAGCUCCAGUGUCUUUUAUAAUGGUGCUCUGCAUGUGACUACCCUUGAUUCUUCAGGAAACACAGUGGACACAGAGGGAAAGAUUUGGAGAACUAUCCCUAUGCUCUACUAUUCUAGAUUCAUUGGGAUGUCUCAAGGGCUCUUGUACAACUCUCAGCUGUCAAUUUGGGUUCUCAAGGAUUAUGGUGGCAAAGAGUGGAGUCUAAAGCAGGCUAUCAAUUCAGUUGAAUCGUUUGGAACACAUAAUAUUUUCUUUGAAGAUGGUGUUCCACCUGAUGUUAUUGCAAUCCAUCCAGAAUGUAGUUUGGUUUUCAUGAUUCUGGGGCCACGCAGAAAUAUUGUGUCCUACAAUAUAGAUAACAGAAAAGUGCAUGACAUCUGCAAUCUUGCAGACCAAUCUGUGUUCCCGUAUCUAUCUUACAUCCCUUGCUUCGCAGAAUGGUUUUCAGAUGGGCACCAAAAGAUGCAGCAUCUUUAUGCCUUCAUGCACGGUUAG